AUGUUACCGUCGCUCACCUUCGACGAUAAGGCUGCUCUAGCAGAGCUGCUUCGCCGUAAAACGGAGUAUAUUUCAGCCGGUGUAAAGCCUCACAUUACUCUUUCUCUCGAUACUAUCCUUGAGCCCUCGACGCAGCAUCAAUUCUUCCCACAUCAAGUCGACAAUGUCAACGAAGGUGCGACCUUCGCCCGCAUCCUCAAACACCGAGGCGACAUCAUGAUCGCCCUCAAAGAUAACGUUCCCAUGCAAGAAUGGAAUGAGCAGAUGAUUCUUGCCUACUUCUGUUCUUCAGUAGAGGUUAAUCUCAACUUCUCUAAACACCAUCGUCAAACCCGUACCCGCUUACUCGCCAACCUUGCUGCCCGCCUCAAUAACAGCGACACGCCCCUCCAGGUCGCGUACACACUCGCCUGCAUGGAGUAUGACCGUCACGCCGCCCUGGGCCCACAGUUUGACCCCGCAAACCCUACAAAACAUAUGUUGCGCUUCGUCUGGCACUUUAAACAGCAUCCUGAACACUUCAUCGUCCUUGGUCAGAAGCGCACGGAUGCCCUCAAGGUUAACACAACUCAAUACCUGGCCCAAGAUAAAACUAGGCUGGAUACACAGGCGCUCUUCGACUUCUCCUUUAAGGGUGGCUUGGAGGACAUCAAUCUCGCCGCGGCUAAGGGAAAAAAGAAGAAGAUUAGGGGCAAGGGAAGGAACAAGAAGGGUUCAGGUGCAGCCGCUGAUGAACCAGGCAACGCUCUACUAAAAGGUCUCGUGGCUGCUAUGCCUGGUGUCCGCGACAUCGGUUCGCAUGUGGAAGUAUUCGACAUUGGCGAUUUGAGCGACUUCAAAGUCAUGAAUUUAGAGAAGCCGGAUCAAUCAUACGAGGACGAGGUUGAAGAGAUGACGGCCAGGGAUGAUGAUGCCAUGGAGGUUGACGAGGAUCUUUGUAUCAUUGAUGGCGCUGAUCUGAACCUGUGGAUCAGCAAGCGUGAUGGAUCAGAUCUGUAG